AUGAACGCCAGCGGCCCGGGGUACCCGCUGGCCUCGCUCUACGUGGGCGACCUGCACGCCGACGUGACCGAGGCCAUGCUCUAUGAGAAGUUCUUGCCCGCCGGGCCCAUCCUGUCCAUCCGCGUGUGCCGCGACGUGGCCACCCGCCGCUCGCUACGCUACGCCUACAUCAACUUCCAGCAGCCCGCCGACGCGGAGCGGGCCCUGGACACAAUGAACUUUGAGGUGAUCAAAGGCCAGCCCAUCCGCAUCAUGUGGUCCCAGCGAGACCCAGGACUUCGCAAGUCGGGUGUGGGCAACAUCUUCAUCAAGAACCUGGAGGACUCCAUUGACAACAAGGCCUUAUAUGAUACCUUCUCUACCUUUGGGAACAUCCUCUCUUGCAAGGUGGUGUGUGACGAGCGUGGCUCCCGGGGCUUCGGAUUUGUCCAUUUUGAGACCCAUGAGGCUGCACAGCAGGCCAUCAGCACCAUGAACGGGAUGCUGCUGAAUGACCGCAAAGUCUUUGUUGGCCACUUCAAGUCCCGACGGGACCGGGAGGCGGAGCUGAGGGCUCGGGCCAUGGAGUUCACCAACAUCUAUGUGAAGAACCUCCAAGUGGAUGUGGACGAGCAGGGCCUGCAGGACCUCUUCUCCCCGUUUGGGAAGCUGCUGAGUGUGAAGGUGAUGAAGGACAGCAACGGCCACUCCCGGGGCUUUGGCUUUGUCAACUUUGAGAAGCACGAGGAAGCCCAGAAGGCUGUGAUGGACAUGAACGGGAAGGAGGUGAGCGGGCGGCUCCUCUACGUGGGCCGGGCCCAGAAGCGGGUAGAGCGGCAGAGUGAACUGAAACGCAAGUUCGAGCAGAUGAAGCAGGACCGGCUGAACCGCUACCAGGGCGUGAACCUGUAUGUGAAGAACCUGGAUGACUCCAUCAACGAUGAGAAACUGAGGAAAGAGUUCUCACCCUACGGAAUGAUUACCAGUGCAAAGGUGAUGACAGAGGGUGGCCACAGCAAGGGGUUUGGCUUUGUGUGUUUUUCCUCUCCAGAAGAGGCGACAAAGGCCGUGACAGAGAUGAACGGGCGUAUCAUCGGCACCAAGCCACUGUACGUGGCACUGGCCCAGCGCAAAGAGGAGCGGAGGGCUAUCUUGUCCAACCAGUACAUGCAGCGCCUCUCCACCAUGCGGGCCCUUGGCAUCCCCAUCCUGGGCUCCUCCCAGCAGCCCACCAGCUACUUCCUGCCUGCCGUGCCCCAGCCUCCAGCCCGGCCUGCAUACUAUGGCUCUGGCCCUGUGGCCCCCAUCCGGCCUGCCCCUAGGUGGACAGCCCAGCCACCUAGACCAUCAUCUGCCUACCCUCCAACUGCCUCAAUGGUUCGGCCACCAGCCACGCCUCGGCGCCCCCUGGCUCACCUCAGCACUGUCAGGCAGGCCUCCACCCAGGUGCCACACCCGGUGCCCCACACUCAAAGAGUGGCCAACAUUGGCACCCAGACCACAGGACCUGGUGGGGCAGAAGGCUGUACGUCAGGCCGGCCCCUCCUGCCAUGCAGAUACUCCUCAGCUGCACACAACACUCACCGGGUCCUGGAGUCACCUCUGCAUAGACAAGAGCCCCUGACCGCAUCCAUGCUGGCUGCAGCCCUGCCACACGAGCAAAAGCAGAUGAUUGGUGAGCGGCUCUACCCCCUUAUCUACGGUGUCCACGCCCAGCUGGCCGGCAAGAUCACCGGCAUGCUGCUGGAGAUUGACAACUCGGAGCUGCUGCUCAUGCUGGAGUCUCCAGAGUCUCUCCAUGCCAAGAAAAUGGAAUCCUCAUUCCCAUGGCUGGCAAGAGAACAGUGUCUCCUGCUGUUGGCUAUGGGGGCUGUGAACUGUGACUUGUUUCCCAGUUUGGCUGUAUCUGUACUUGAGCUGUGUGUGUGGACUGAAAGCUUGUCACUCAGCCAUGCUGUUAUCUUUGCUUUGUGUAUUAAAAGUGUUGCAAAAUCUGUCUCAUCUCCCUGGAGGCCUUGUGUCUGAGGUGGGUGGGGCAGAGCAAAGAGUACAUUUGACUGGCUUGGUGCUUUAGCUGUAAGGAACAGAAACCCAGAUGAGCUCAAGUAUAAACGAAGGUAUGUACACUAGAUCAGGAACUGAGCAGGACUCUGUAAAAGCCCCAGGCUAGAAACUGCCCGCUCUCAACAGUGCAGUGGGUGAGUAAAUGAACAUCAUCAUACAGUGAACUCAACACUGCAUCGAGAAAAUGAGUGAAAGCUACAGGCGCCCAGAUUGCUGGGCAUGGGGUUCUAGACUCCAGGCAGCACCCU